AUGUGUCUAUGCACCGCCUGCGGGGCCGACGGCACCACCAGCGCUCGUUAUACUGUCAUUCCACCACGGGGCAGCCUUAUGUGCCAUUGGUGUCUCGAGGUCAGGAACCUCAGAGCUCAAAUCGCAGAGACUAAAGCAUUCCUAACCCAUCUGGAGGCUCAUCUCGACGCCUUCAAGUCCAACAACGACCACAAGCACGACGUCUUCAACCAUCGGUUCCCGCCUGAGGUUGCCUCGUACAUCUUCGUCCUGAGCACCACCGCCGGGCGAAUUCCUCCCUCCAGCCCUCUGAAGCUAUGUGCAGUUUCACGACUAUGGGACCAGAUCGCGCGUACCACGCCGAUGCUAUGGACGCGGGUCAACGUUAAUCUUAACACAUUUGAAGGCACGUACCACCUUCCAAUGGCGCUGUUGCGGCAAUGGCUCUCGCGAGCUGGUCUCCUCCCCCUCUCCAUCCACAUAUCGUAUAACCAGGCGAAAUCAAAUUUAGAAGCCCAUCUGAUCAAAUUCACGGACGUCAUCGAGAUCAUCAACGAAUAUUCGCAACAGUGGGAGUGCUUGGAGCUUUCGAUCCCGUUCUCACUCUAUCCUCAGCUUCGGGGAAUUAAUUCCAACUUGAGGCGUCUCCUUAUUCAACCACCGCACGGUAUUCGAAAUGUAUCCACUCACCGAGGUGAAGUAUUCAACACAGGUAGCCCCCCUGCCUCUCCAAACGAGGUUUCGAUCGACGGGAUCCCGUACACCUGCGUGCGGAUUGAUUGGUGGAAGGUGACAAAUAUUCGCUUCGCAAACAUUUCCACCUUUGAUUUUCUCUGCGUCCUCCGGCAAGCCCCUCUGGUUUCAUGUUGUUCCGUCAGUGUUCACCUUGACAGAAAUCACCUUCAUGUUACGAUAACCGACCUUAUCCCCCUUCUAUGCCUUGCCGAGUUGGACAUUACAUUUAUCAACGCAGAGGCGGCAAGCGCCAUUCUCGAUAGAAUCACCACACCCUGCCUUGAGAAUCUCAAAUACACCAUCCCCGUUCGGCAAUUCGCAUCCUUGUCCUCCCUCCUACAUCGAUCGUCAUGUCGUCUUACAUCAUUGUCGAUUGCGAGUCGGAUGCCUGAGCGGGUACAGACUUCUCUAUCGACGCCAGAAGACGAAAACCUUCUCGCCUUUCUAUGGACGACUGCUACAGUCGAAUACCUCUCGCUCCGCACUCCCGCGUUGCCGUACUCAUUCUUCGACGCCCUUUCUCCGCCACCAAUUGGUGAAGAACGACCUCUACUGCCACACCUCCGACAAUUUGUAUAUCAUGGGCAACUAAGCUUCAUGUGGCGAUCCUUUACUGCUUGUAUGGGAAGAAGAGGCGACAUUCAGCCGAGCGGAUGGCCCGCCCUACGUUCAGUCCAACUCCACCUCGAUCCGAUUUCGCCGAAGUCCUCAAACAUCUAUUACAUUGACUCGCUUUCUACGGUGCACAUCUACCGCCAGAUAGCGCGUGGGAUUAACAUCGAAAUACUAAAUGACACCGUGGAUAUGUUACAGUACUCUAAAGAGCAUCACGAGCGCACCAUGUUUGGCCCAGGCGAGGAGGACGAUAGUGGCUACGAGAACCUCUAA